AUGAGGUGCGAAUGAUCAGACUGGAUGAAACCCCAAAUGAACAGUUCGUUUUCAGAUGAACUGGCCUGUAUCACACAUGCAACUGAUGAGGAACAAGAUGACUUACCAUAUGAUGGAGAUAGAGGAAUAAGCUAUAAAUACAAUAAUAAUGCAGAUGAUUUAAGUGACUGCACUUCUACAAAUGCUAUUCCUGGUAUUUUAAACUUAGUCUGUUCUGAAGAUAACAAAACCAUAAAAGCAACAGCAAAUUAUGAAAUUCAUCCAGAAUUGGAAGUAUUCUCCAGUCACCAUAGGGAUGCCAUAGGAACAACAGAAAGUUCAGUUGCAACACUUGGAAAUGAAGCUGCCUUUAAGAAGGAAUUACUUGUUGGUAGUUCCAGUAUACUAGGUAACAAAGACCAUCGAACUUACUCAAAAAUAUCCCAUGUCCUUUUGCGUCAUUUUUCCAAGGAGGAGUUAACACACACAUGCCAGUUAAUUGAAUGUGAGACAAUACCAGAGACAUCCUUUACUGAAAGCAUCGAUGACAUUGUCACCAAACCUGAGCCUUCAGAACACAUCAAAGGCCAUUCAGCAUGUGAACAUUGUGCAACUAACUUUGAAGAAAGUAAUUUAGAAAAGCACAAGGAACUAAACACUGGUGAUAAAAAUCUAAGUUCAGUAAAUGAAGAUAGAUGUGUUUCAAAGAAGCCUGCUGCUAAGGGUGAGUGCAGACAAGAAAAUUCACAACUAAUUACUAAGAAUGAAGAUACACACACCUUUCAACAUAUGGAAGUAGAGAGAGCCCCAUUUAAGAAGAGAGUUUCAUUUCAUGAGCUCAAAUACGGCCAAGUUCAAGCUCACUGUUCCCUUCUCGACUUCUCCAAAGUUGCUUCAGAUGUUGAAGUACCAAAACCAAGUGGAAGCAUUAACUCCGUCCCUACAACUGAAAGAACAAAACCCUUCCCUAUUUUGCCAAGUAAAUCACUAAUUGUGAAUGACAUUAUAGAAAACAAGAACUAUUUCAAUUCUGCUGAAGUAGAGAAUCAAGAAGAAAUGAGCAUUCCAGAACUGUUGCAACAGCUAGAGAAACGUCCUCAGUCAGACCUUCCAGAUGCCAGCACUGCCGUUUACUCUGAAGGCACCGAAACAUCCUCUGAAGUCUUUACAUUACACAAUCAUAUCCCUAUACAAUCUACACAUGGUUUGUCUAAAGCAAGAUUACAGUGUGGACCAGCAACAGCAAUACCAGCAGCUAGUACAGGAGAAGCACACUGUCUAAAUCUUUCCGAUUUACUGCCACAACUAACACUAGGAGAAAAGAUGUCUCAAAUACUAAAGGAUCAGACAGAUCAACUGAUAAAAAAGGUGGAAAACUACUCUCAGCAUGUGACCCAAGACACAUUCCUUUUACAAGACAACUAUCUGGUAUUAAAUCAAUUGAAAAGAUACCUUGAUGCCUUGGAAAGGAAUUACUUAACAGCUAAAGAACACCACCAUCAUUUACAGCUGCAGAACUACAAGGACAAGUCUAUCAACAUUGGAGAGUUUGAUCCUGAAAGAAAGGUGGAAGGGGAAAUAUUUAGACUUGGCAUGCUGCUUGAAGACCUCCAAGAACAAACUGAUGACAGUAACUGCAACUUGUCAUCUUUGCCUGAUUCCUAUGAAUCUGCCCAUUCAUCAUAUUCUCCUUGUGAGAGCUCGGUAGUUUCAAGUACUGCUGAUCUUCCAGAAAGAAGAGGCAUUGAAACUGUAUUUCUUCACAACAACAACGCAGGAGAACAACAUAGGACAGCUGAUGUAAUCUCAGAGACAAAUCAGUUUUCCCCAGAAUGCAACGUUUGUCUCCACCUGUUACAAAAGAGCGCUGAGUUAACAUACAGAAGAGACACAGAGCCUCUGGGAAAAGGAGGUCUGCUAGCAAACAAAUAUUCUUACAACAUAAUGAGAUUCCUUUCACCCGAGGAAAAAUAUGCUGCUGGAGGUCUUGCAUCCCAAAGCCAGGGUGCACAAAGUGAAAAAUUAAAUGCUGAUGAAGAAAGUAUGAAAGGAAAUGUAAACAUCCAGGAAAGGAAGACUGGAACAUGUUCACUCUUCAUUCAGAGAAAGCCAACUGAUUUAUCAGACACCAACCUGAGCAGUGAUUCAGAAGACAUCUCAGCCAGUGAUUCUUACAGCGAUUCCCAAAGCAAGAAACUUGUGAACUGCAAGACCGAAAGUUAUAAAUCAUUCAAUACAAGAUUAAUUGGAAAGAGAAAAGGAUUUAAAUGCAGAUGCUGUAGAGGAAGCAGAGAUGAAUUUAAACUCAGGAAUUACAAAGAGUCUGUUGAGUCUUGUGCACUAUGUAGAAGUUCAUCCUCUUAUUCACAGAAGGGAAUCUCCAUUCAAAGGGCUCAAAAAAAUAGAACAUCAUGUGAACUUCUAAACAGACUUUCUGAAAGGCAAAACUUUGAGGCUGCCAAAACCUGCUAUUCAAGCCCACAUGACAAAAUUAUCCCUUCACAUCGAUAUCUGCCCACCAAGAAAUCUGCCCAGAGCAGAUCUGCGAUCAACAUCAGAAACAGAAAUGCCAACGAUUCUCAAGCAAAUAUCUUAAGUUUUGCUCUGGAUCAUGCCAUACAGACAGCAAACAGUUUGAAGAAAGCUACAGAACAAAUGGUACGAGCAGUUUCAGAAGAUUUAGCUAAAGUUAAAAGGAAACAGCUUUAAUCACUCUGUUUCAAAUGCCAUAUUGUUUGUUUUGCUGCUUAAGCACAAAGGGAAACAGCCUUUGAACCUUGACAUCUAUCAUGCUAACAUACUAAGUCAUAGUUAACAUGUAAUUAUUUUGUUUUGAGAGUGCCCUAUAUUAAGAGUUGUUUGUUUUUAAGACACUUCCUUGCAUGACGCAGUAACUGAGUAAUACCAUCUGUUGACUAUGCAUUCCUGACAAUUAAACUGUUUCUUCAGUGGGGUGUCCUUACCUUUGUCAGAUGAAUCUGGCUUGCAGAUUUUAGUUGAUAGUAAGUACGCUGAAAAACUUUAAAAUACUGUAGAAAUACAGUGGGCCAAGAAAAGUA